AUGGGAGAAGAAAACCAAUCCUAUGUGACUGAAUUUAUCUUCCUGGGCCUAUCACAGGAUCCACAGACUCAAGUUCUGCUCUUUUUUCUUUUUCUAAUAAUCUACUUGCUGACUGUGUUGGGAAAUCUGCUCAUCAUCGUGCUCAUUCACAUAGACUCCAAACUCCACACACCCAUGUACUUUUUCCUUAGGAACUUGUCCUUUGCUGAUCUCUGCUUUUCUACUACUACAGUCCCCCAGGUGAUGGUCCACUUCCUGGCAAAAAGGAAAAGCAUUUCCUUUAUUGGAUGCUCAACACAGAUAGUUGUUCUGCUUCUGGUUGGAUGUACAGAGUGUGCCCUGCUGGCUGUGAUGUCCUAUGAUCGGUAUGUGGCUGUGUGCAAACCCCUGCACUACACCACCAUCAUGACUCAUGGUGUGUGUGUAUUGAUGGCCUUAGGGUCCUGGGUCAGUGGGGCAUUUGUAUCUCUGGUGGAUACUACAUUCACUUUGCGCCUACCCUACCGAGGAAAGAACAUCAUUAACCACUUCUUUUGUGAACCACCUGCUCUCCUGAAGCUGGCUUCUGCAGAUACCUACAGCACAGAAAUGGCCAUCUUUGCAAUGGGUGUGGUUAUACUCUUAGCUCCCGUGUCCCUAAUCCUUGUGUCCUACUGGAACAUCAUCUCCACUGUGAUCCACAUGCAGUCAGGGGAGGGGAGACUCAAGGUUUUCUCUACAUGUGGCUCCCAUCUCAUUGUUGUUGUCCUUUUCUAUGGAUCAGCCAUAUUUGCAUAUAUGAGACCAAACUCCAAGAUAAUGAACGAGAGGGAUAAAGUAAUCUCAGUCUUCUACUCAGCAGUUACACCCAUGUUGAACCCCAUCAUUUACAGUUUGAGGAAUAAGGACGUCAAAGGGGCUCUCAGGAGAAUCACUGGAAAAUAG